AUGGCGUCGGGCUGCACGAACUUUGGGCCCCCGGGCGGGGCGGGCUGGGGCGGCGCGUCGCCGCGCGUGUCCGUGGGUCCGGCGGGGCUGGGCCGGCGCCCGGAGUGCUUCCCGCCGCGACGGCCGGGGGCGGGGCCGGGGCGGGGCCACACCGGCCGCAGCCGGUUUGGGGGCGGGCACCAGUGGGUCUGGGUGGCGGUGGCGGUGGCGGUGGCGGUGGGGGUGGGGACCCGGCCGCUCCCCGCGCUGAGCCGGCCUCGUCCGCAGGGCCCUUCUGUGGAGUUCGCGCUGCCCCAGGAGCCGGAGCCGCGAGCCGCGGACCUCGGAGCCCCAGGGGCGGGGGCGGCGGGGCCCCCGACACCGUCAGCGCACAUCCCAGUGCCAGCGCAUAGAAGCCCCCCAGGAAAAGCCCGACUGGAUGAAGUCAUGGCUGCCACAGCCCUCACAAGCCUGUCCACCAGCCCCCUCCUGUUGGGGGCCCCAGGUGUGACCUUCAGCACAGAACCGUGCCUGGAGCCCUGGAGGGAAGCCCCGGUGCAGCCACCGGGCUGCGGCGGGGGCUGGGACCCUGCCAGUGACCAGUCUUCUCCGUCUACACCGUCCCCACCGCUGCCCCCUGAGGCAGCCCACUUCCUGUUCGGGGAGUCCACGCUGAGGAAGAGGAAGAGCUCGCUGCAGGGGCUGUUCCAGUGCCUGUGGAAGCGCUGCGGGAAGGUGCUGAGCUCCGCGUCGGGGAUGCAGAGACACAUCCGCCUGGUGCACCUGGGGCGGCAGGCUGAACUGGAGCAGAGUGAUGGCGAGGAGGACUUCUACUACACGGAGCUGGAUAGCGGCCUGGACUUGCUGACCGAUGGGCUGUCUGGCCUGACCCCAGGGUCCCCCACGGCCUCGGUGCCACCCGCCUUUCCCCGCCUGGAGCCACCGGAGCCCCUGGCCCUGCCCAGCCUUCUGCGCCUGCCUGCCCUGCCCCCACCCUCGGUGCUAAGCACCACAUCCCCCUCCCAGGGCUGCCUGGCACCCGUCCGCCUGGAGCCACAGCCCACUCCUGUCAGGGCCUGUGCACCAGCCCUGCUCGCCAAACCCAGUGCCAACCCGAGGAAGCCCCGGGGUGAUGCCAAGAAGUGCCGGAAAGUGUACGGCAUGGACCACCGGGACCUGUGGUGCACGGCCUGCCGCUGGAAGAAGGCCUGCCAGCGUUUCCUGGACUGAGCCUGCCCAGGGCUUCUCCAAGCUGCAGGGUCUUCUUUUUAAGAGGGGAGGUCCCCACCACUCAGAAGUGCCUCUGAAGAAACCAGCCUUUGGCCUUUUGCACUAAAGCCAAACCUCACCGCUGUCCCCUCGGCCUGGGGUGGCCGCCCCUCAUUUGGCCCUGGACUUGUCAGGAGUGUGACGGAGCCACGCAGGGCGUCCUCGAUGCACUUUGAGGGGUGUUGGGGGGGCGCCCCCUGCCCGCACUUCACCUGACUGAGGGCCCAGGCGCAUGUCUGUGCCGUGUUUGCUCAGGUGUCUCGCGUCUGGGCUGAACCAGGCGAAGAGUAAAAUUAAAGAUUCGGGACUUUUCCAAAA